CAGUGAACACACGCACACACACAGAGAGAGCCACGCGGAGCAGGGGACAAGAAAGAUGGGUGUGCGUGGGCUGACGAAGCUGAUGCAGCAGCUGCUGCCGGUGGAGGCGUACCCGCUGCAAGGGCUUCGCAUCAUCGUGGACGCGUCCUCGCUCCUGUACUCGUUCCUGAACCCGCGCAUGACGCUGCUGGGCGGCGAGCUGGCCACACUCUCGCGCUUCCUGCGCACCUUCUUCCACGCGCUCAACGCAAACGGGUGCUCCGGCAUCGUGGUUGUGGAUGGCGGCGUGGACGACUGGAAGCUCGCCACGCUCGAGGCCCGCCUCACGAGGAAGAUCAGCACCAUGAGCAAGGGCGAGAUGUCGGUGCCCCGCCCCGCGCACGCCAUCAACCUCGUCAUCGAGACGGCCCGCGCCUCAAAGUGGGAGGUGCUCAUCGCGGAGAAGGAGGCCGACGGUGCCAUCCGCGCCGUCGCCGAGGCAAACCCAUACCACUGGCACGUGUUGUCAUCGGACAGCGACUUCUACCUGUGCCGCGUGGCGAGCGUGAUCCUGCCAGACACGAUGCGCGCGCCAUACACGAGUGCACAUGCCAUCACUCGACCACUGGACGCACUCUGCGCACGGCUGGAAGCGCCCUGGCCAACACUUCUCGUUGCAGCUUCCCUCGUGGGCUGCGACGCAAACAAGCACAAGUCCGUCCUCACAGGCGGCCAACGUGCCCUCGGCUUGAAGAAUCGCGCCAACUUUGUUGCUGCGGUUGCGUUGCUGCGCGAGUUUGGCCAGCGUGUUCCACUGGGCACCAAUGUGCUUGAUUCAACCCACCACAUUAUCGCCGCCAUCGGUCGCCGCCUCCCAAAGCUCAAGGACCUGCCGCCCGCCCUCACAGAGGGUGUUGAGUCGCUGGUUGGCACGUGCGGAUAUGUGUCGUCCUAUCGCCGCUACACUCUGCCGCUGACGUCGCUGCUACCGCUCAUGCUGUCGGGAUGCGUGUGCGACCAGGCCGUCUCGGCCAUUGACAGCGGCACACAGGCCAUGUCCUGCAGACCAGAGGACACAGACCAGCCGUCCAUCUGGCUUGCGUCGAUGCACCUGCGCAACAUCAUCCACCGCCUGGCCAUUGGCUCGCGCAUGCGUGUGCCGGCGACCAGGACGGAGGUGCUGCGGCGUAACUGCCGUGUGGAGGUUGCCACGCGCGCUGACAUGUCCCCACCAGCGCAUCCGACACCGGAGGAUAUGCUCGCACUCGCGGUAGCACACGGGCGGGCGGGGCAGGUCACCAACGGUGGCGAUGGUGGCGAUGGUGGUGCUGGUGGUGAGCAGGCAGCGCAGCCGGACAAAGAGAAGGAGAAGGAGGUGCACGUUGGUGGUGAGGGUGAAGGUGAGGGUGAGGGUGAGGGUGAAGCGAGGGAAGUGCAGCAGGGCUUGCUGACGACGCUAGCGGUGGCCAUGUGCGCGGGCGCAUACAACCCGCACACGGGACGCAUCACAGGCGACGUGUCACGCAUCGUGCACCACCUCCUCCAGUUGCCGUACACGCAGUGGCACUCUGUUGCCUGUACGCUGGCGUGGCUGUCCGCGAGCGUGGUUGCGCCGUCGCACCACAGCUACAGCACGAUGCUGUUUGCCUCGCGUGCCCUCAUCUUCUGCAUGUGCGCGCGGCUGGACGGCGUGCAGAUGCAGGACGUGCUGGCGGCGAUGGCACCAACACCACCACACCAGCAGCACACGGCGACGCAGCAGAUGCAGCACCAACAGGGGCAACAUGGCAGUGUCAGUGGCAGUGGUGAUGGUGAUGGUGUUGGUGUUGGCGGUGGCGAGGGUUCAGGUGGCCUGAGCCGCCGCCACCGCCUUGCUGUGACACAUGUGUUCACUGCGUUCUACACGGGGCUGGGCCAGGUGUCCUUGCUCAUGCGCAUGCUUGGCCUGGGCAGCAAUGUGCUCAUGCCACCGAGCAAGGUCGUGGUGGACGCAUCCCAGGUGGCUGCUGUUGUUGGCCACCACCACCGUACGGGCGCUGCGCUGCCGGCCGACCUGCUCACCACCCACCAGCGCGUCUUCCGCUCACUCGACGCCCUCAUCUCAGCCUGUCGCCCAUGAUGCGUUGUGCGUGCGUGUGUGCGUGUGUGUGUGUGUGUGUGUGUGUGU